AUGUCUCUUGCUUUAAGCAAGUCUACUAAGCGUAGACGGUGUUUGGAAGAGAUUGAGGAGUUAGGUUUAGCCAUUGAUAGCAAUGCUUCUUGCAAUAAUCAUAAUUAUAAUGAUCAACCUAGUUCAUCCGAACAGCAUAUAAUAUCACAUAAGUUAUCCAAUAAUAUUAGUAAUGAGUGUGAUCCUACAUCUAUUUUUUUUGCAAGUAACCAUAAUGAAGAAAUCGAUCCAAACUUAAUGGCUGACAUUAAUCUAAAUGGUACAAAUAUUUUUGUUUCUAAUUUUUCGUCAGAUUCUGAUUAUAGUGAUUCAGACUUUAGUGAAAAAGUGUUAACCAGCAUUACUAAAUGGGCUAUUCAACAUAAAAUAUCAAACUAG